AUGAAGACCCAUUGUAACAUACUUCUUCUGUCCCUGGUGCCAGAGUCACAUAUAUAUGAUACUGUGUAUAACACUGUAUUGUUUGUCUUUGCUGGUGUUGCUGUUAUUUUCUCUUAUAUCAGUGUGAUGAUAGCAGCCAGGUCGGCCUCUGCAGACAAAGCCUCGACACAAAAGGCUCGUGACACUCUGCUGCUGCAUUUAAUCCAGCUGUGCCUCAUUCUCUUAUCAACAGUGCACAGCACCUUAAUUGUCAACAUAUCCCAGGUCGUCUCCAGACUUGUUUUUAUCCGAAUCAUGAAUGUUUUUUACAUCUUUAUUACCAUACUCCCAAAGUGUCUGAGCGCUCUGAUUUAUGUUCUCAGAGACCACACCAUCAGACCUGUCUUUUUUAAGUAUUUAUUCUGUCAGUUUGGAGUCUCCUCUCUAAAAGAUUAA